AUGGGCCGACGUUUGCCCACUAUCUCGCCUGGUGCGAACACUUCCGGUACGAGAAGAAUAAAAGACGGUGUGCCAGUAGAGACACCCAAAAAAUAUGUGGUUUAUUUAGUUAAAGCACCGCUAUCACAGGUUCCAUAUGACAGUUGGUUGUGUGGUGGUGCGAUUGUUAGCAGUGAAUUUGUUAUAACAUCGGCGGCUUGUGUCAACGAUGUAGACUAUAUGUACGUUAUUUCGGGAUACAAUAAGUAUAUCCCCAAUGAUGAAUUGGAAUUGGACAAGUGCACUGCGUCGAAGAAGAAAAGGGUUAUAUACACUUGUGUACCAAAAGGAUACCAAUUAAAGUAUGGAGAGCUAGAUUACUGGUCAUUAAUAGAUAUAGCAUUAGUCAGAGUAGAAACACCUUUUGAUUUCAACGAUGCUACGUAUGAAGAACUAUGCUCUUACAAACCAACCCCCAUUGCAAUCAAUUACGAAGAGAAGUAUCAGGAGCCUGGCACUGAUGCUCUUGUACUCGGAUGGGGACAUAUAGAUAAAUAUCGAAAGACUAGAGAUGAAGAGGAUCACAAUCAAGAGCUGCUGAUGUAUGCUCCAACAUUGUUGCUCAAUAAGACGACUUGCUUAGAACAUUAUGAGGACUAUACAAAUAUGAGUUACGUUAUCGAAACGUAUAUGAUAUGCACGCUAGGCAAAGGCAAUAUUGAUGAUGGAGGUAAUACUAUUGUAACCAGUUUACCGAUAGAAAAUGGGUGUACUAAGGAGCAGUCAAAAAUAUUAGGAUUUGAAGGAGUGUCAUGUGAAGAAGAAGAACUAGACGAAAAUAGUGGUGAAUCAAGAAGGCGAGUAGAAGAAAAAGAUCCUUUAAAUCAAACGUACUAUGAUAAUAUGGAAGCAGGGUUCAACCAGACUUUUGAUUGGACCUGGUUAGGGAACGGAAGGAGAAGUGGUAUUUGCCAGUGUUUUGUUCUCUCAGCCUGUUUUGGUUGGACACCUGAACACCUGAUGGUAAGCAAUCAGCACCGCCAAUUGACACUCGAAACACCAGUAGCUUUACAGAAUGACCAUGGAGGGCCGCUGAUCACGUGGUCAGGAGCUCGAGAGAUCCUAAUAGGUGUGGCAUCAGUAUUCAAAGUAUCAGAGCAUUAUGACUGUAUGGGCCCCUACUUAUUUACGAGCACUCUCUGUACUGGACUGUUCUUGGAUUGUAUAUUAACAUCCGAAAUAGCAACUAGCCAAAAUGAUCCUAAGAAUACCGGUCGGAGAGAUUUAUGUGAUAGACCAUCAUAUGAGAAAGGAUAUGAGACCGUGGAAAGGUUCAUACGAUGGAAGGAUCAUCAUCCACCUGUCCAAACUGCUUACAACGGUAGACUUAUCAGAUCGAGAGUGGAUGCAAAAUCUGAUGCAAACGACAAUCGUACCAGUUUCGUGUCAAGCGAGAAUAACCAAGAUACAGGAACUGGAAAACAUCCGAUGAACAAAAUGUAUUUUAAUAUUAACAAUCCGAUGCGAGCAAGUGCACCAAAAAUAGACAAUCCUGUAGAAGAAAAUAAUAAAAAGCAAGAUAAUGAAAAACCUAUUGUUAACAAUGAAUCAGACCUUAAUGAAAGAUAUCUAGCAGCACCAGCGAUUCCACAAGCUGCUGUACUGCCACAAAAUAGGGCACCAGCUUUAAAUAAUGCUGGAAAUAUUACUUUGAAUGGACAAGUGACGUUUCCUGCUAAUGAACCAGGCAAUUUAAGAUUUCCGCCAAAUACACAGGGUCAUUUGCCACCUCGAAACGAAGGAAUACUUUUAAACAACGGUAUGUCGGCUAAUAAUGCUGGUAAUAAUGGUAUUAUAAAUAACAAAAUGCCCGUAAAUAAUGGAAUGUCUAUAAAUAAUGGUGUGCCUAUAAAUAACGUUACGCCUGUACAUAAUGGGAUGUCUGAAAAUAAGGGAGUGCCUGGGUUUAAUAGAAAUACUGGAAAUAACGUAAUGUCUAAAAAUAAUGCAAUGUCUAGAAAUGAUGGAAUACCUAGAAAUAAUGGAAUGCAAAUGGAUAAUGGUAUGCCCAGAAGUAAUGUAAUGUCUGGAAGUAACAGAAUGCAAAUUAAUAACGGUUUACCUAGUAAUAUUGGAAUUUCUGGAAGUAGCAGAAUGCAAAUAAAUAACGCAAUGCAUACAAAUAACGGUAUGCCCGGAUAUAACAGAAUGCAAACAAAUAAUGGAAUUCCUGGAAAUAUUGCAAUAAAUGGAAACAACAGAAUGCCUGGAAAUAAUGGGAUGACUGGAAAUAACCGACUUCAAAUGAAUAACGGAAUGCAAACGAAUAACGGGAUGCAAUCAAAUAGAAUGCCUAUUGGGAAUAUUAGAACUGAUAGAGUAUCAAGAAAUUAUCAGUUACAAGGAAAUAAUAGAUUACCAAGCAAUUACAAUUUGCAUAAUAAUAAUGGAGCACAAAGAAAUUUUCAAACUAAUGGUUACCAAGGCAACGUUGGCAUAAACACAUAUAACAAUAAUAAAUUUACUAGCAAAAACAAUUUGCCACCAAAUGCUCAACCGCAAAGUAAUUACAAGUUCAUACUUGCUGACAGACGGACAAGAAAUAUUAAAGAACCAGUGAUCGAUUGGCAUACGCCGAACCAAAGUAACCAAGGCAAUCCAAUAAAUGAGAAAUAUCAGGUAUUUCGAACAAAUGGGAAUAAACCAAAUGUGCCUAUUGCAGUCAGUGAAAAAUAUCAAGCUAAUAUAGGUUCAAAUGUAGAUCACAUAAUUAAACCUGUACUGCAACCUCAAACGCCCAUCCAUGCUCUUCCUAUAGUAUGA